AUGCCAAUCGAUAAGAGAAAAAUGACGCAUAUAACUAAUAAUCGUAAAUGGUUACCAUCAAUAAGUAUUUCUACUAAUUCAAUAUGUUUAUUAUUAAUAUUUAUUUCAAUUGCUUGGAACGCUUACAAUACAUACGAGCAUCAAGUUUUAAUUGAAAAUCAAACGAAAAUAGAAAAUAUUCUUGAGGAACUAUUACCUUCGACGUCUACACUUUCAUCAUCACUUAAUCAAAUACAAACACGAACGAAAUCAUGCGUUGAACAAUGGUUUACAAAAAUUUUUCAUCUAAUUCAACAAUUAACAACAAAAGACAUGGCAAACAAUAGUAAUAUCAUUGCUGAACCAGACACGAGUGUAUUACGUCAACGGCGAAAUAUUCAACAAGUACAGCAAUCUAACUGUCUAUGUCCACCAGGUCCAAAGGGCGAAAAAGGUGAUCGUGGUUUUAUUGGAUUUACAGGUGAAAUGGGUCCUAAAGGCGAUCGAGGUUUUCCAGGCUCAAUUGUUUGGAGUGGUGUAAAAGGAGAUAAAGGAGAACCAGGACGCGAUGCGGGCAUAACUCGUCAAGGAAUGUUAACAUCUUCAUCAGCUCAAGUCAAAUAUAUUCCAGGUCCACCGGGCCCACCUGGUUCACCAGGGCUGAAAGGGGAUGUAGGUUUACCAGGGCCUAUCGGUAUUGGUGAAAUUGGACCGCCUGGAAAAGAUGGUUUACCGGGCGAAAAGGGUGAAAAAGGAGAUCGAGGACCUUUUGUUCGACCCAAAGUACGUAGAUUUGUCUUUAUGAAAGGUGAUCCAGGGCCACCAGGGAUUAAAGGUGAUCGUGGUGAUUUUGUUGUUGGACCUAAAGGUGAUCGUGGUUCUUAUGGUUUACCUGGAAGUCCUGGGAUUCCAGGUCAAAAUGGUCGUGAUGGUAUUGAUGGACUCAGAGGUGAUAUGGGUCUUCAAGGACCACCGGGAAGAAAAGGGGAUCGUGGUAUAAAAGGUGAACCGGGCUUUAUUCAAAAAGUUGAUUUUAAUUCAACACAUAUCGUUUUAAUGGGCCCACCAGGUGUUCCAGGACCAAAAGGACGAAUAGGUCUUCCUGGUCAACCAGGAUCCGAUGGAGAAAAAGGAGAUCGAGGAGAUUCUGGUCCUAUGGGAAUAGUAGGACCAAAAGGAGAUGUUGGACCUCCUGGUAUUAAGGGUGAUCAAGGUGAUAUAGGCAAAGGAGAAAAAGGAGAUCGUGGUCCUAUGGGUUUACCUGGCUACUCUAUGAAUAUGCCUGAUAUACAUAAAAAACGCUCAACAGGUGGUCGACGUGAACCUGGUUUACAAGGUCCACCUGGAGAAAGAGGAGAAAAAGGGGAAGAAGGUCGAGAGGGGCGACGAGGUUUACGUGGUUGGCCAGGCCUACCUGGUCCUGCUGGAGCGGAUGCAUUACCAUGCCCACGUGAGCUUUUAGCUAAUUUUGAAAAUGCUUGUCAAGGAUGUUGUAAAAAACCAUAA